CCUACCACGCCGGCCGAAGCAACGGUGCCAAAUCCUAGAAAGGAAAACGCAGCGGCGCAAUCCUGUCCGUCCGUGGCAGAAUCGGACGGCCAGCGAGGUGUGCGUGGGCAGCGACCGCGAGGCCCGACCCCGUCGCUGCUCGGCUCGGCUGGUGUUGGCCGACCACGAGCGCACCACAAACCGAGAGAAUCGGAGGGGAGGAGCAGUGGACGGACAGACGCCCCGCCCGACGACUCCCCAUCAAAAGGCGAGCGAGGCAGCAGCAACUCUAGCUCAGCACACAACCCCAGCCCCAGCCAGCAAUCCACCUUCCCCCACCCCUCCCCUCCCUCCCCACCUUUCCCCUCCCUCCCCGCCGGAUUCCCUCCCCUCACCGCCGAGCUCCGCGAUGGCAAACGCGGCAUCGGGUGCUGGAGUGAAUAGCGAGUGCAUCACCAAGUUCAACGAGCUCCAGGCCAAGAGGCUGCACCGCUACGUGACCUACAAGCUGCACGACUCCAAGGAGGUGGUCAUCGAUCAGGUCGGGGAGCGCGGAGCGACGUACGAGGAUUUCGUCAGCGCUCUACCUGAGAACGACUGCCGCUAUGCAGUCUUUGACUUUGACUACAUGACCCCUGAGGAGGUUCCCAAGAGCAAGAUAUACUACAUCUUCUGGUCCCCAGACUGCGCCAAGGUGAGGAGCAAGAUGCUCUACGCGAGCUCCAACUCCAAGUUCAAGACGGGCCUCAACGGCAUCCAGAUCGAGAUGCAGGCCACUGAUGCUAGCGAGAUCAGCCGCGACGCCAUCCAAGACCGCAUCAAGGACCGCGCGUGCUAGGCAUCAUGCUGCUGCGCCCCCUCGACACCCUCGCAAUAUGGAUUUAUGUCAUUAUAGAUUUGGCGGUGUGACUCUCGAAACUUUCUUGAUCAUUUGUCGGUUUGUUACCGUGGUUGAAAUGUCUCCGUGGCUGUCCUACCAUCUGACCACGAAGAUUUGGUUCUAUCAUGUAAUCUGUUCUGCCCUGUUAUAUGUUUGGGCCGUAUGCUGCUGCACUGUUCCAAGUUACCAUUAUAAAUAAUUAAUGUUCUGUUUGGUUUCCUCUUAA